AUGGGUGACUCGCAGAAUUGGUCAUCGUUUGAGGAGCCCGAGACGCCCAAGCGUUUUGAUGGCGUGGAAAAACAGAUGGAUGCAGUGAAGAAAGUGGAAGAUAAUGAUAAGAAUACUGGCAAAGGAAUGAGUGCGUUGAUGGAGCCUAUGACGCUGCGUCAUCUGCGCAAUCGCCUCAUCUUUGGUAGUUUGGUGGGCUUUGUCACGGGCGCCACGUUCGGUGGCAUUGAUGGAGCUAAAUUAUACAUGAAGCAGAAUGAGAAGUUGGCACCUGCUGCUUUGAGUACCAUUGCCCGUGGAGCGGCUAUAACGGGAGGAGCUUUUUCUGGGUUUUUCUUCUUGUAUUGCGGUAUCAAAACUGCGUUGGCGACGCAGGGGAAGGAUGAUUUAACUAGUGCUGGUAUUUCUACGUUAGUUGCUGGCAUACCGUUCGUGCGGUCUACGGUAAUGCGGCAGAAUCUGCCGUAUGCUGUCAUGCUGGUGGCGCUCGACCACUUUCAUGAGGAGCUCAACGAGUACCGUAAAUAA